GGUCCAGCGGCGAGGAAAGCCGCGCGUAUUGUAGCCGCGCAACGGGUACAACGGGGACACACGCCGUAUCUCUCGUGCUUUCGUUACUCCGGCCCCAUAUAGUCAGUCAUCGCCGGUGCAACCUCUAUUCGUCCGCUUCGACCGGCUGCGGAUCUACCUGCGGCGCAGCGAGGUUCCUGCGACUUUGAUAGCGGUGCGAUAACCACAAAGUACCAAGAUGGCUGCAUUCGUGGCGAAACAGAUGGUCGGGAAUAAGCUGAAUGCGGUUAAAGGAGCGGUAGGUGGCGAAGGAGGUGACGAAGAUGACAAGGAGAAGGAGGAGGAGGCCGAGAGGGAAAGGCAGGAGGCUAUUAGGGAGGCCGAAGAGAGAAGGAAGGAGAAGCACCGCAAAAUGGAGGAGGAACGGGAGAAGAUGCGACAGGAGAUCAGAGACAAGUAUAACAUAAAGAAGAGGGAAGAGGUGCAGGAAAUGCCACAGGAAGAGCCUAAUCCUCUGAUGCGCAAGAAGAAAACGCCGGAGGAGCUGGCGGCCGAGGCCGAGGCUGAGGACGAGGACGAGUUCACGAAGUUGAGAAACACGCUAGAAACGCAGGUGAGCGAACUCAAGGCUCAAAUCGAAAGUAAGUGCAGCCUCCAAUGAGUCUAUCGCAUCGCGCGGUUCGCGAGAAGGGUGACGCCGUGCGUCGUCAAAAUCGCAUCCGCUCCACGUCCCCUGGUGCCCGGAACAAAGAGGAAGGGGGUAGCAGAUAUAACGACAGAGCAGCGAGAAAGAGGAACAAUACGCGGAGCCGCGAUCAGCGUCGUCGCCGCCGUGUCGGCCAGUCGCAGAUCGAUCCCAGACACGGUCGAUUGGCCGAUCGUUGCUUGAAGCACGAACGACGAGAGAACGGGAUCCGAGGGGGUCUCUCACCCCCGGAGGAUCUCGAGGGUUGGUUCUUUUUUUUUCUCUCCUUUUCCUUCCUGAAGGACUCCCCGUCGGCGCGCUUGGACGCAACCGGAAAUCGGGAGCGAUCCUGUUGAGGAUUUCGUUCUGCGCGAAGAUAGACAAGCGAGAAUCGGGGCUAGAGACGAUCCGGCGGAGUCACUCCCCGGCUUCGAGACGAGACGAAGGAGGAUAUGUUUAACUCGACAUUGAGAUUCGCGGAGUACCCAAGACUGCAAAUUUAAGCGAAUUCGGAAUGAUAUAUAUAGAUAUGCCGGAGAUUGCUAAUUAGAGCCUAAAACGUAAAAUCGCGAAUCAUCAAACUCCGAACGCAACAUUUGGAAUUUAAACGAUGUUCGGGAAGGGCGCUUUCGGAAAAUGUUUGCCGGAGGAAAACGUCGAAAUCAGCUCUCUUCGACUGUUUACGACGAGCGACUGCGUACACUUCGAUCCAGCAUCCAUAAAUUUCCUCGACUCUAUCCGAUUAGAGUGCCCUUGGCACUCUUUAACCGGAUGAACGCGUGAGAAAUUCUCGACAAAUAUCCCUGAUAUUCCCCCCAGCACAGUGUUGCAACGAAGACACGCAGAAGUUGACGACACUGAAGAGCGCGCAGAAAAAUAGAGACUCGGAUAUCACCGUAAAAUAUCGACACGGUCGAUGAUCGCCAUCCUCAGUCAAGAAUAAUGUGAGAAAUAAACACCGCGAAUCGAUCGAUACGUUUCCCGGUAGAGAAGAAAAUUGCCCGCGUAAUCCAAUACCGCGCGGAAAGAAUUAUAAAUCUAGAAGCCCCACCGAUUCUCCAUCAGAUUCAAAAGUAAACCGUUUGGCCAAAAUGGAGGAUAGAAUCUCGGAGAAAGCAGAAGAGGAGAGAUGGCUUGAAGUUGAAAAAUAUUAUCGAUCGUCGAUGGUGUUCGUGGUGGAGAAAUGUACGGUGAAAGUGAUGUGAAUGAAUGAGAAGAACGAACGAACGAACGAACGAGCGAGCGAGUGGAAAAGAGAGAGAGAACGAAAGAAAGAAAGAAAA